GGGAACAGGAGGAGGGUUGCUCGAUUCCUUCCCACUAGAGCUAGUCGAAGAGAUUGAACGGAGUCGCCGAUUCAGGAUCACCCCAAGUCAAUUCGCAACAGCAGCAGCAGAUCAGCUCGGGAACACCAGGAUUCCGGAUGUGAUCAACGGCGAGCAACAUCUGGAUGGAGGUAUGGAUCUUUUUUUUUACAAAGACGAGGAUAGAAUAGGAAACGCAAAAGAUGUUCGUGUUCCUUCAAGAACAACCGCGGCUCUUCAGGAAAGGUUGGUCUUGGGCACAACCAAAGCACCUGGGAUUUCACCCGUCGUUUGGAUGUCCCGGAAUAUCAGUGGUACUUUGCAGCAGUUCACGAAUCACCUGCUGCGCGGGCAGAUUGGCCUGCUGAGUUGCAAGGUGAAGGGCCCCGAACGAGCUACGAAAAAUGUCUAUCAACAGUUGCACCUCCAAGACGAGCAGUCGAAAAAGGCAGUCAAAAAUAUCGCGCGCGCCCUCGAACGCAACGAGCACGAAGUGGCUCUGCGGGUGCUCUCAAGAAUGAAUUUUGAGGAUGAAGAAGAUGGUCAUCAAUCUGAUCAUGAUGACAGUCCUUCAACGGGAGGAGAUGACGACGUCGGCGAAGAGGG